AAUCAGGGUUAUUAGUGAGAAAAAGAUCAAGAAUGUUGCCAUUAACAUGAGUACUGAAAUCCACUAGUUGAAAGCAAUUAUUAUCGUCAACAAUAUCAAGAAAUUGAUGAGAAUAAUCAGAAGUAGCACUGUGAGUGGCCCAACAAAUGUCUGGCAUGUUGAGGUCGCCACAGACCACAACAAACCCACACGGAUAACAAGAAAGGAAUUUAUUGUAGUAGUUUUUAAUACAUUCUCGCAGUAAAAAAGUUUCUAGUCUGUAACUAGAAUCAGUAGGAGGGUUAUAAACAUUCAGAAUAAGCAACGAAACAGUGGUACUGCACACAGUACACGCACAAGCAAAAUCGUAGCCAUCCAAAGUUGAAUCAAUAAAUAAUAAAUUACUGCUGUUACGCUGAAAAAUAUCUACACCGCCAUGAGAGCCAUUUACUCUAUCAUAUCUAGAGACCAGCUUGUAAUCCCAAUUUGGAAGAAUUUUUUCAUCUAAAAUAUCCUUGUGAAGCCACGUUUCUGUUAGUCACAAAACUUCAGAGAAUGACAGCUGCCACAGAUUCGACUGAAGGGAGAAGAGAGGGGAGCAAUGAUAGCAAGAAGAGUGUUGCAGUGUUCACUGUGAAUAAUGAAGUGGGCUUCAGAGUGGCCAUGGGGCUCAGCUCCCACUACAGAGUGAAAGCUGUGAUUUUGAGUGAUGGUGGGGAUGAUAGCAGGUCAGAAUCAUUGAAAGAAAAUGGAGUUGAAGUGCACAUUGCAGACGAAUUCAACAAAGAGACUGUGUUCAAUAUCCUGCAUGGAUGCUACGCCUGUUUCCUAGCCACGAAAACAGUGUUCACAGAACCAAACUUCCAACAAAAUGAGAUUGAGAGGGGAAUCUUAGUGGUGGAGCAAUGUAAGGCAGCCAAUAUCUCCCAUUUAAUACAUUUGACACAUGUGACUGUGGAAUUCUCUAUUGGAAUUCUGGCCAGACAAAAUGACGCCAAGGAGUUCAUAGAGCGACAGAUCAGAAAACUGGCCAUACCAUCCACAGGACUAAUUCUUCCAGUGCCUUAUGAAGUUCUCUUCACAGUGCACAAACCAGUCAGAUACAGUGGCCACAAAUAUUUUCUCAAAAUCCCAAUGGGAGAGACUGCCUUCGACGGCAUCAGUUUGGAGCAUGUAGGAGAGAUAGUGGGGGGCAUUCUGGCCCAGGGACCGAAAGCAUUCGGCAAGGACUACGCAGUGUCUGCCGGCAAACUCACUGUGGAAGAGAUGGCAUCCAUCAUGAGUCGGCAGCUCCAUCCAGCCGACAUCAGAGACGCCAAAAUGACUGUGAAUGAGUUGCGACAACAAGGGGCGGAAACGCCGGGGAGUGAGGACAUUGCAAACAUGUAUGAGUUCAUGAGCAGGAUGGACUUGAGACACAACAUCGACCUCACCCGCUCCCUCUGUCCAUCUUUACUAUCAUUCGACCAGUGGGUGUCCAAACAAAGAGACCAAUUCAAGCACAUCCUCACACAGAACAAAUGACAAACGAACUCACUAAAAAACGACCUACAAAUAUAGACCCAAUCGCUGUAUUAUUAACUAAUUAAAACUAUCUAUCGCA